CACAGCACCAUGUCUCAAACGUUCGUCCAGUCGUUCACCCAUCUGAAGGACCGUCCUAAAGCAGAGCAAGCAGCCACGCUGUUACAGCGGGUAGCCUCGCUCGUCAAGCCCAUCAUGCGCAAGCAUGGCUGGGUGUUGCCCGCCCUCGCUGAGUUCUUCCCAGAUAGUCCGAACUUGAUGGGAUUGAACAUUAAUGGAGGGCAGAAGAUCUUGCUCAGGUUACGGCCCGCGUACGCGCCAGACACUUUCCUUGACGAGGAGUCAAUAGUACAUACAAUGCUGCACGAGCUUACGCACAACGUGCACGGGCCUCACGACGACAAGUUCUACAAAUUCCUGGCUGGUCUCGAGGAAGAAUACAAUGCCCUGAAGCGAUCAGGCUACGCAGGAGAAGGAUUCUUCUCGCCGGGCCGUCGACUGGGAACGAACGUCUCGCACAACCUCCCGCCACACCUAGCCAGGCAGAAAGCACUCGAGGCGGCAGAGAAGCGUAGACAGCUCAGCAAAGUGCUGGGCAGCGGCGGCCGUCUGGGUGCCGCGGGAGGCAGGAUGCCUCGCAUUAAUAAGUCGCCGCGAGAGCUGGCUGCCGAGGCUGCCGAAAGGCGGGCACGUGAUGAGAAGGCUUGCGCAUCCGGAGCAGCCGCACAGAAGGAAGCAGAGAAAGCAGCGAAGGAGAGCGUCGAGGAUGCGAUUAUUGACUUGACACAGGACCCCAGCCCUGAACCAGGUGUUAUUUUCGUGGGCCAACCACCGUCCGCAAGCGGCUCUUCGAAGGCAGCUGUGUCAUCCAACAGAGGGAAGGGCAAGGGGCAGCGCGUGAGCGCAUCGUCGUCGGAACGCCCGGAACGAGUCAUGGCUUCGAGUGCAUCGCGUUCGGUGCCAUCUCCGGAUACUGAGACAUGGGCAUGCCCGCGCUGCACGCUCGUCAACGAUCCGCUCACAUUACAAUGCGCAGCAUGUGAACUGAGUCGUCCAGAAAAUAGUCAAUCAGCCUCCACGAACGGAUGGACCUGCGGCGUCUGCGGCGAGACGCGCAUGCCACCUGAGUUCUGGAGUUGUAGCUUUUGCGGCACCAUCACGGCUCAUAGUUAAGUAGGAGAUGGUGGUGGAUUGUCCGAUACUUUCGUGGGCUAUAGGUUUGGUUGGGUGAUCUAGCAGGAUUUCAUGUGUCAUCUGUAUACCACAAUUAGGAUACCUACAUCGCAACGGUGCAUCUAAUGUAGCGCGCACAUACCGUUUCCGCAUCUCGUAAAUCUUGACAUGUCGGUCAUUACCCGCAUUGAGGACGAAUUUUUGUCCUUCCCCG